AUGUCGUCAUCUAUCCAACUUGUUACAAGAGAGAAUGGUGGAGUGCCAUUUCACUGUCUGAUGUUGACUCCCACGAACUACACCACGUGGGCGAUCAAAAUGGAAGCUAUAAUGGAUGCCCAGGGAGUAUGGGAAUCCAUUGAACCAGCAGGGGGAGAAGUUGUGGAUGAGAAAAAGAACAAGUCGGCUCGGGCUUAUCUUUUCCAAGAAAUAUCGGAAGACAUCUUGUUACAGGUGGCAAAGAAGAAGACAGCAAAGGAAGUGUGGGAUUCUUUAAAAACAAGGUUUCUCGGGGCUGAUAGAGUUCAGAAAGCAAGAUUACACACUCUCAAGAGUGAGUUUGAGGCCUUACGGAUGAAAGACGGGGAGUCUAUAGAUGAGUUCGCGGGAAAGCUAGGUGCAAUGAUCUCGAAGCACAGCAGUCUUGGCACAACCCUUGAAGAUAGUGUACUCAUAAGAAAACUACUUGACUCCGUCCCAGAUAACUACUUGCAACUGGUAGCAUCCAUUGAACAAUAUUCAGAUGUGGAUGAGAUGCCAUUCGAGGAAGCUGUAGGAAGGCUCAAGGCCUAUGAGGAUCGGCUGAAACUUCGAAGCAAUAAUACAACCGGGGAAGGAAGUUUGUUGUUCACCCGAUCAGAUGGUCAAUACAAUCAAAAGGCUUCAAAAGGGGGUUCCUUAUCGAGUGGUAAGGGACGCGGAACAUCACAUCAUGACAGAGGUGGUCGAAGUGGUGGACGAGGUAGAGGAAGUACACGGGGCAGAGGUGGUCGUGGAAGCUUUACAAAGUUUCAUGACUCACACAAUAAUCGUCAAAAAGGAAGGGAUAAAAGUCAUAUAAAGUGUUACAAUUGUGAAGAAUAUGGUCACUAUGCAUCAGAAUGCAAAGCUCCAAAGGAAAGAAAAGAUGAAGUAAACUUGACUCAAACUCAAAAUCGUGAUGAUAAACCAGAAGCACUUCUGUUGAGUAUCCUUGGGGAAGAGUCAAACAACAUGGUGUUACUAAAUGAAGACAAGGUGUUCCCGGGACAGAAGAGCAGUGGUGAAGAUCUUUGGUAUUUGGAUAAUGGUGCCAGUAAUCAUAUGACUGGCAUGAGAAGUUUCUUUGCUGAACUUGAUGAGAAGGUGACCGGACAGGUGCGCUUUGGUGAUGGUUCUAAAGUGAAGAUUGAAGGAAAAGGGACAAUCUAG